GCCGGUUUGCCACAGCGUGCCGGCGCUGGCAUUGGGCAGCCGCGUGCGCCGAAGCGGUGGUGAAGUAGGGCCGCUGGGACGCCGGCGACGCGGCACGGCCACGGUUGCGCCCGCGCCGCGACUCCUGCGGCAGCGAGACCGCUUGGACCACUGCCCAAGCAAGCACCCUGCCCAAGCACCCAACGACAAGCCGCCGACGCACGGCUAAGAAGGAUGGCCGAGAACGCCUUCGCCCUCACGGCGGACGGUAUCGAAUUGAACGAAUUUGGGAAAUUAGAUAAGGAGGACUGGGACUGGGGCCACCUGCAGCCCGGGCAAUUUCGGUUCUGCUUUCUGCCGAGAACUCCACUCAGACGACCAGGGGACGGCGACGAGUCGAGCGACGUCUCCUCAGUAUCGAGUGACGGCAUGAUGGACCAGAUGGCCCACAUCGCCGAGGAGGGCCUGCACGCGGCCGGUGCGGCCAUGGGUGCGGCCGCGGGCGUCGUCGGCCAUGCUGCUUACGACGCCUCGGCCAAGGUCGGCCGGGCCAUGGCCAACGACCUCUUCGGCGACGAUGCUGAUCAAGUAGUACAUAAUGUGGAAGUAGCGAUCGAGGACGCGGAGCGCUACGCUGCCGAAAAGAUGGACGAAGCUGCGCAAGCGCUGCAUGCGGCCGAGGAGAAGGCUUCGGCCGUGUUGCACGCGGGCGAGGACCUCGCGAAGAAAGUGGGUGGUGAAGCGCUACAUGCUGUGGGAGACGUCGGCGGCAAGGCGCUGCACCUGGCCGACGACGCCGCACAGGCGGUCGGUGCCGAGGUGAUGAAGGAUCUGGGGAAAGUUGGGGAUGUCGUCGGUGGUCUCGGCACGGGCAUGUUCAACAAGGCGAAAGGCUUGGUGGGCGUCGCGGGAAACGAGGAGCUCAAGCACGCCACGGACGAGGACCUCGCGAAAUCCAAGGCCCAGGCGGGUCUGCAACACGCUACUGAGGCAGACGACGACUCGAUCUCCACCAAAAUGACUGAAGAGGGCGUCGCCGAGGCCAAGGACGAAGAACCAGAGAAGAAGAAGAAGCGCCGGUCCUGGUUCGGGUCUCGAGGGUCGCGGCCGUCGACGUCCGAGUCGCGACCGGGCACCGGCGACAAGCCCAAACGGCGAAGUUUCCUCUCCCGUUUUUCCAGAGGGAGUCGCGCGUCGACGCCCGGCGAAGGCGACGAGAGGCCUCGGAGUCGGGACGACGACGACACGCACACCUAUACCGAAACGAUUGAUGAUACCGCCUUCGACGAGACGACGUUGGACACCGAGGUCAGUGACUCAGCGUGAUUUCCAGCCUUUUCCAACUUCAACUUCGCGUCGAUGGCGUCAACGCGGUGCCACACCGCCGUGACGCCAUCUUCAUGAUCAUCAGAGAGUCUACGCGUCGCGUGCGGGAGCCGCGGCCGUGUCGCGACGCUGUCGUUCGACACAGGCCUACGAGCUGCGCGAGCGCGACCGGAAGCGGGCGAAAAAGGCCAUAAAAGACGCUCGGGAGUGGCUCAAGGACCCGACGCCGCUCUGGGCGCGGACGACGAACUGGCGGUUUGAUAUCUGUGUGGGAAUCACGCCACGCCGUCGACGCGGUGCGUCGAGUCGCGAUCUCGCCCGAAAUGCGCUCAAAUCGAAAAUGAGACCACCCACGGCCUCGUCUGACGGAGGCGAGUCGCGUCGAUGGCGUAGGACGCCACAGUCACCGGUCGAUGUCCACGCAGGUUGAUGCUCAAGGGGCCCCUCAAGGAACCGCUCGCGCUGCCGACGAAGGACGCGGCGAACGAACCUAUAGUGUAUCCGAAGCCUAUUGAAGAAUUUGAGGGUAUCCGAUCACUCAUCGAGAAUGUGGUAGCGUUCCUGAACCCUCGGUCGAUCGGCCGAGCGGUCCGACUCGGGAGGCGAUGGGCGGAAGUGGGUUAUGACGAGCCGCUCUACUACUGUUUAGUACAAGUCGGCCAACCGAGUGUGACGAUCUACGCGUUUCAAGCUCGAGUUGAUGCGGUGGUCCACACGGGCGAGGCGAUCCUCGCGAGCGGCGACAAGGGCGUGAGUGCGUUCCACGUCGACACGGGCGAGUUUUUAGGGAAGACGUCGAUCCGAGAUACCUCCGCAAUACCUACCUUGUUUAUUACGGGCCACUCGCUCUGGACUUGUAGUCGCAACGGGGCCAUCCGGGAAUGGAGUUUACCACAUGACGUGCGCAAUAUUGAAUUCAGAGCGCAAAUGUGGGAGCACAACGCCGAGGUCAACGACCUGACCUGGACGCGGAACAACCCGAUGUUUGGGGGUUCGGCCACGGAGCAUCCGCGGCUCGUGUCGUGUUCCGACGACCGCUCGGUAAGGGUCUGGGACCCCGACACGCACUGUUCCACGGCGGUGCUGAAUCCCUUUUCUCACCGAAGUGCGACGAUGCGGUCCGUGUACGUCUCGCAGGAGCAUCUUUAUGUUGGGGGUUCCGAUGGCACGGUUUAUGUGUACUCCGUGGACGGCUCGACGCGAUCCCUACGGAACAGGGAGAAGAAAAGAGUGGGAUUGGAGCUCAUCUACCCCCUGGAGACGGAGCUGAAGUCCGGGGACGACGUCGUCGGUGCGAUGGCGAUCGCUCAUGAGAGGACUGACAUGUCUCGGUUGUUCGUGACGUCCUGGUCCGGUACGGUAUAUGUCUGGAAAAUUCCGAAAGAGGAUCUGGACUAUGUGUUGAUCCAUGAGAUCCGGCACCAUACUCGUAGAAUCAACGACGUGUUGAUAACGCGGGCGCACUUCCUGACCUGUUCCGAUGACGGUACGAUACGGUAUUAUGGACUGUGUCACGGUGACCAGUACGAGAAGGCCUUGGAGAGGGUUGUUGAUUGCGGGUCUCGGGUCAAAUGUAUUCAUGUGACGCCAGGCGACCCGGGAGUGGUCGUGGCCGGUUUAGCUGAUGGACGGGUCCUGGUCUACGAGCUGGGGAACAUCAUGUAAGUUACUUUGUUUGUUCGAUGGCGUGGGGGGGGUGGCAAGUCGUCGUGGCG